AUAUCUCCCAGCCCUUUGUAGUCUCCUUUCAAGUCGAGGGUGUCCGAUUUCGGGAUCCGGAGGCGAGCAGCGCCCCUCCCCGACCCCUCCUCCUCCUCCUCCUCUGCCCGCUGGAAGGGGAAAUAUGAAGGGGAGUUUCUGCAGCAGCAGCAGCAGCAGCUCAGUGAGGAGAAGAAAAAGCCGCGGGAGGAAACCCGGAGGAGAAGCCGGCAGGGAAACGGGGACGACCAGAGAGGUUGCAGAAGGCAGGGAAAGUGCCUGAGGAUCCCCAGACGCCUCUCUGCGCACGCCCAGAGUCCUUUGGGGCGCCCGGCAUGGGGCGCGCCGCCUUGUAUUGAAAGCUCUCAGCACAGGAGGGGGAGCGCGUGGAGUUCAGCCUCGGGCAGAAGCCGCCGCCGCGCGAGGAGGCUGGGACUUGGCUGCCUCCUUCUGCUCGUGCCGCUGGCCCCGAAGAGAGAGCGGUGUGUGGGGGGGAUUCCGCCGCUGUGCUUCUCUGGGAUUCUGAUUCCGCCAGGUGGGUGCCGAGAAGAGGCUCUCCAGCCCGCCGCCCGCCCUUCAUCUUCCCGCAAGGAUUUUGUGUGUGGCUGGGGUUGGGGGAUUAUUGGCAUUGCAAAGAGGAGGCACAAAGCUUGUCGGAGAAGAAAGUGUUGAGGGAGAGGAAGAAAGCGCCGGAGGGAGGAUAAAAGGAAAAAGGAGGAAGAAAGAGGCGGAAGGGAAAGUGAGAGGCUUGGACGGGGGAAGCCGCUGGAGAGCUGGAAAUGUCCUGUCUCUACUGCAGCCUGGUGAGAUGCCUGUUCCUAGCCCUGCUCUCGCAUGGGCUGGGAGAAGGUUCUGCACUUCUUCAUCCAGACAGCAGGUCACACCCUCGAUCAUUAGAGAAGAGCGCGUGGAGAACUUUCAAGGAGUCACAGUGUCCUCACAUGCUGAAACAUCUUCACAAUGGAGCCCGAAUUACUGUACAAAUGCCUCCCACUAUUGAGGGACACUGGGUCUCCACCGGUUGUGAAGUAAGGUCGGGCCCAGAAUUCAUCACUAGAUCCUACAGAUUCUACCACAAUAAUACAUUCAAGGCCUAUCAGUUUUACUACAGAGGUAACCGAUGCACAAACCCAAUCUAUACCUUAGUUAUCCGUGGCAAAAUUCGCCUUCGCCAAGCAUCCUGGAUCAUUCGAGGAGGGACUGAAGCAGAUUACCAGCUGCACAACAUACAGAUAAUCUGCCAUAGUGAGACAGUGACUGAGAGACUAAGUCAGUUGGUGAACCACACAUGCCCUGGAUUUGUACCAGAGGAUAAAGCCUGGGAGCAGAAUGUGAGCUACGAUUUAUGGAGAGAAGAGAAUGGCUACGAAUGCACCAGAGCACUGAAUUUUGCUAUGCAUGAGCUUCAACUCAUCCGUGUAGAGAAACAGUACCUUCACCAUAAUUUAGAUCACUUGGUCGAGGAGCUAUUUCUUGGAGACAUACACACUGAUCCUGCUCACAGGAUGUAUUAUCGUCCAUCUAGUUACCAACCCCCUCUUCAAAAUGCUAAGAACCAUGACCAUUCAUGUAUAGCAUGCAGGAUCAUCUAUCGGUCAGAUCAACACCACCCACCAAUUUUACCUCCGAAGGCUGAUUUGACUAUUGGAUUACAUGGGGAAUGGGCAAGCCAGCGCUGCGAAGUCCGUCCUGAAGUGCUCUUUCUCACCAGGCACUUCAUCUUCCAUGACAACAACAAUACCUGGGAAGGUCAUUACUAUCAUUAUUCUGACCCAAUCUGCAAGCACCCCACUUUCACCAUCUAUGCCAAAGGUCGUUACAGCCGGGGAGUACAUUCAUCCAGAGUGAUGGGAGGAACAGAAUUUGUGUUUAAAGUGAAUCAUAUGAAGGUUACACCCAUGGACAUAGCUACUGCCUCUCUACUGAAUGUCUUCAGUGGAAAUGAGUGUGGGGCAGAAGGAUCAUGGCAAGUUGGGGUGCAGCAAGAUGUUACUCACACCAACGGAUGCAUUGCUUUGGGAAUUCGUCUGCCGCAUACAGAGUACGAGAUCUUCAAAAUGGAGCAGGAUGCCAGAGGGAGAUACUUGUUGUAUAAUGGCCAGAGACCUAGUGAUGGAUCCAGUCCAGACAGACCAGAAAAGAGAGCCACCUCGUACCAAAUGCCCUUAAUUCAAUGUACUACAUCCACACCAAGAGCAGAUGAAACAUUAGAAGAAAACAAACUAGGAUGGUACAGCAGUGGAGCACCAGCAAAAAAUCCCUGUGCUUUUGUUUUGGUUAUGAUGCUGGCUGUUAGUACUGUGCCAACGUUGGGCAUUUACAGCUAGAAGUGCAUUUUCAAAUAACUCCAUAUCAGGGCAAGUGUAGGACUUAGGCUACAUGGGAAGAUGUCAUAAAGCAUCUUAACUGACAAAAAAAGGACAUUUUCUUGAUGCCUUAAGAGCUGUUGUUCCUUUUAUCCUCCUUGAAUCAUGAAUAGCACCAGUUUGCUUCUGCUUUGAACUUCAUCCAAUCUGAUCCAUGGCCUGACAUGACUGCACAACAGUAAUUGCACUUUAAAACUGCAGUUCUUCUCCCCUCACCCCGUCUUCAGUUUGUUCUUUAGAACAAAAUCUUACACAACUUUUCAUCUACCAACUGUGCCGUUGCAGUUGCUCCUACUCCCCAAAUCAGUUUCAUCUUUGAAUUUGAUUAUCUAGAAUUAUGUUUUUAUCGUAUUGUGUCAAUACUGAUAAACUGCAUCGUUCUUCUGCUACAUUGUAUAUAUGUAUAUAUGAAAAAUCCAACUAAGGAUGUAUCUUAAAUACACUUUUAUAGAGUUUACAUAAAAUAUUAAAUGAUCUUUAGGGUCAAGAAUGCUGAAUGGAAAAUCUCAAAUUAAACCUGCACAGAUAAUUUAAAUGAUUGUGUAUAUAUAGGUGGUGAAUUUAAGAAUAAUCAAAGAUUUAGAGUGACAUAUGGUGCCAAUGUUUUUUAAUAAGUUGCCCAACUUAUCACAGUUCAAAGCAAUUUCUGGGGUCCACCAACCGCUUUCCCCCAACUUUGAAAAAGCAAAGACAAAGGGAAAAAAGCAACAAGAUUUCUCAAAUAUAGAAACCAAGGUGAACCAAGAUUUCUCAAAUAUAGAAACCAUAUCUUCAUAAUAAAUUCAGGAUAGUGGACUGUUUGCCAAAUGCAAUGCACUUAAGUUGACAUUCAUUUUAUUAGACUGGGCAAUUCAAUAAAGCAAGCAAGGCUUAAUCUAUAUCUUUAUAUAUUUAUUUUUGCAAGACUUUUUUUUAAAAGAAUUCAUAAUAAGUUGUGGCAAAGAAUGGAGUUUAACUAGGAGCAAGAUGGUAGCCAAGUCAGUUUUCUUUUGUUAAUGAAGUAGACAAACUGAAUAUUAAAUUAUUCUUUUUUUUCACUGGGAAUGGGACAGGGGGUCAUGUAAGCUCCAUUGCUUUAAAUCAGGGACAGGGAAACCUAUCGCUUUCACAUUAUUGGACAGAACCCCAGCCAGCAUGGUCAUUGAUGAUGGGAGUUUAGUCCAACUACAUCUGGAGGGAGAUUCCCCACCCCUGCUUUAAAUUCACAGUAGCCUCUUUACAUAAUGCCACAAUGACAAACAUUAAAUAAGAUGACCCCUAAGUAUCAUCUUAUUUAAAACCAGCAGUUUGAAGUCCGAAUUAUCUCUUCUCUUUCACGCAUGUGUAUUCACAUAUAAUUUACUGACAUGUACAAGUGGGACAAGUUUCAAAUCCAGUGGUGAAAAAUAGCAAUGGGUAAACCAAGCCACGGUGUUGGGUCCCUUAGUAUAAUAGGAAGUGUUCUGUGAUAAACCUACAAAUUGGGACGCAUGAUAAGAAGGAAAGGAGCGAUAAGGAGCUGCAGAGGGAAGGCGGCAUAAAGAAAAAUUACCUUUCCCCCUUCUGUACAUAGAAGUCUCCAUAAGAUAAGAGUCUUCUGUCGACAAAGGGACACAACUAUAUACAACCUGUGGUAAGGCACAAUAAACAGAAAGUGAGGGAUGCAACUGAGUCUACAAAAAAGGGCCAGUCUUACCAGCAGAAUUACACUUAUAAUGUAUGAACAUCAUUCACUGGAAGCUGCUGCCAUGGGCUUGCUUUCUCCACUUCUUGUUAUUUUUCAUCAUCUGCAGAAGUGAAAGGGGAACUCAUUUAUGCAAUUCAGAUCUUGAAUUUUUGACAAUGACAGUGAAAAGCACAAUGUGCAACACCUGUAUUUCCACAUAUGCCAUAACUAGAUGGGAGAUCAGCAAGCCCAAGGCUCAGUGGUUUAUACCACAGUGCCACCCCCUGCCACUUAGAAUAAUAGAAUUGCAGAAUUUGAAGGGACCCCAAGGGUAAUUAGUUCAGGAAUAUCAACUAAAUCAUACAUGGCAGAUGGCUGCCCAACUUCUACUUUAAAACCUCCAAUAUCCUCCUUAAAUUGUGGCCCCCAGAACUGGGCACAAUAUUCCAGGUGUGGCCUGACCAAGACAGAAUAGAGGAGGACUAUUACUUCCAUUGAUUUGCUCCUGCAUAGCACUGUUGAGUCAUGUUAAGCUUGGGGCACUUUUCACAUGUACUACUGACAAACCAGUGGUGCCCCCCAUCUUAUAAUUGUGCAGUUGUUCCUGCCUAAUUGUAGAACCUUACAAAUGUCCUUACUGAAAUCCAUUUUGCCAGUUUUAGCCCAGUUGUCCAAUCUGUUAAGGUUAUCUUGAAUCCCGAUUCUGAUGCCCCUUAAUACUUUCAUCAAGUCGUUUAUAAAGAUGUUGAACAACAACAGGCCCAGAAAAGACCCCUGUGGUAUCCCAUUUGUCAUUUUUUUCCCAGGAUGACAAGAAGCCAUUAGUGAGUACUCUUUUUGUUUGGGCAGUCAACCAGCUGCAAAUACACCUAACAGUUACAUCUUCCAGUACACAUUUUGCCAGCUUCUCUGCAAGAAUAGCAUGCGGGACUUUGUCAAAAGCCUUACUGAAAUCAAGAUAUACUAUGUCCAUAGCAUUCCUGAUCUACCAUGCUUGCAACUAUUUUUUUUAAAAAAAGACUCGUCUGGUAUGACUUUCUUUUGAGAUACGCAAGCUGGGUCUUAGUAAUCAAAGCAUCUUUUAAUUAUCAGUUCUAGGGCAUUUCCUGGUAUCAAUGUCAAGCUGACUGGUCAAUAGUCACCUGGGUCUUCUCUCCACCCUUUUUAAGAUGGGGACAUUUGCCUGCCGGGAGAACAGGUGAAAUACUUCCACCUGCUGCAGACUUCACCUGUUCUCCAGGAAUUCUCAAAGAUUAUGGACACAGGCUCAGAUAUCAUAUGUGCAAGCUACUACUCUUGGGUGCAGCUCAUCAGGCCCUGGAGAUUUGAAUUCCUUACCACCUGGUUUACUAUCUUGAGCUACAGCUCCCUCCUUGCAUUGUUAUGUUUUCAUCAGGUUAGGCACUGCUUUCCUUCUGGGUGAAGGCAGAGGAAAAUAGGUGUUGAUCAGUUCCGCCUUCUGUCACCCAAUAGCAUUUCUUCAUCUUCUCCACGCAAGAGAUCUACUACUUGCUUGCUCUUCCUCUUGCUUCAAACACAACCAAAGAAACUUCUUAUUUUAAACCUCACUUGCAAGCC